UUGUCACCCUUCAAUUCCAUGAAAAGAAACUCACAGUCAAAAUUUUCGGCGCUUUAAGCAUGGAGUUGGAGCAGAACUUGACCGCCGCCCUGAUGCAGUCGUCGGCGGAGGAUAACAAGUCCGAGGAGGCGUGGCCGGCGGUCGCCCACCUGCAUCAGCCGGCCGAGGCGAAUCAGCUCCUGUUGCCGGAGCGCUCCAGCUGCCUGGCGGUGAAGACCUAUCUGCGCAUGUGCAACCUACCAUUUGCGGAGCACAACAGCAACAAUGCGGAGUUUAUGUCACCUGGUGGUCGGUUGACCCACCUGCCGCUGCUCCGUUUGGGCCCCGUGAAGACUUUUGCGGAAUUCGAGCCAAUAGUGGCCCAGGUGGAGGCCAUGCAAGGCGGCAAUUGCCUGGGCAGUUGGAUGUCCGAGGAUCAGCGCGAUACAAUACGCUGUCUGGUUAGCUAUGUGGAGAAUGUCUUCACCGUGGCGGAGAUUCACAUGAGCUUUGUGGAUGAGGCAAACUACCAACUUUACACGGCAACGCGCUGUGCAGCAACUCAUCCGUGGCCGUUGAGUACGAUUCGCCGGUUUGCCAAGCAGAAGGACGCACAGAAGAUCCUCAAGGUCUACCAGUGGCAGGAUCUGGACAACGACCAGGUAAUCCAGGAGGUGGGUAUCUGUGCCGACGCGUUGGUCGCUGAACUGGAGGAGGACCAGGCGAAGAGCUAUUUCGGCGGCUCACGACCUUGCAAAUUGGACGCCCUGGUCUUUGGACAUGUGGUAGCCAUAAUGACCACCAAGCUUCCCAACAUGGAACUGGCCGAGGUCCUGGCCACCUAUCCACGUCUCUUGGCCCACUGUCGCCGCAUCGAUCAGAGCCUGUUUGAUGGCAAACUCCUGACCAGCGCGGUGGAGGAGCAGGAGAAGGAGACGGAGUAGCAAAAAUAGAAUAAAGGAAAGGGCAGGACUCGGAAUCUCUCUGGCCCGGAACAAAGGA